CGCCGACACCUUGUCUAAGAGCACUAGUAGCAGUUAAGGUUUUAGUAGCAGUUCUAAGAGCAGCAGAAAUAUCAGCAAAGGGAGGUGGAAGGGAUGUGUGUCGGCAGCGACCACCUUACCGAUGACGAUGGAUGUUAUUAUGAGUUGCAGUAGUGACAAGGCAGCACUAGUACUAACUAUUAUAGUAAGUUAGCUAUGAGGUGGUGGUGGUGGUGGUGGUAGUGGUGACGGUGAGGGUAAUCAUGCUGGCGGCGGCGAUGAUGAUGAUGAUGAUGAUGAUGACGAUGAUGGUGGCGGUGGUGGUGACGGUGCCACAUGUUUCUGGAUCAGCAAUAUUCUGUUAUUAAUAAUUAUGAUGAUACCGACUAUUACACAAAUGAUGAUGAUGAUGAUGGUAGGGGUGGCGAUGGUGGGCUCGACGGCGACACCGGAGUAGUAGCUAUAGUAGACCAAAAAAGACCAGGUGCCCUGUAAGGUCUCAUAAACGACAUCGCGUGUGCUCAUUGGUUGCAAGAGAAGCUAGUUGUCUCCCCUGCAGUCUCCUCCAACCUAGGCCUGCGAGAAGGCCUUUUUUUUUUCUACAACCCCGGCUUUCUAAAAGCUGCUGCCUUCACCAAGCUCCAUAAAGAGAGCGUGCGAGGUAGAAAAGGAAGUAAGACUCACAGACAGUCGGAUAGAGUGAGCGUAAAAGCGAAAGAAAAGGAAGAUAGACAGAAAAGGAGCCAGCCAGCCAGCCAGCCACACACGAUUGCAUGAGGGCAAUGACUGGUUCUUAACGAAAUAUACCCGCUGCUGCUGCUGCUGUUGUUGUUAUUCCUUCUCCUCCUCCCCUUCGCACCCGGCUUCUAUUACUCCUUCCUCCUUCACUUCUUUACAGACAGGCAACACCCGAUCGGAUCAGGACUCUUUAAUAGAAAAGGUUCUAAAACUAUUGUGAAAAGCGUACAUCGUUGGCUAAUGUACUAUGCUGGCUGAGGGGCAGGUUACCAAUGAAACAAAUGCUCAACUUAACCUGGUCAAGCUGACAGACAACUUCAUGGUAUUGGCAAACACCAAACUGAACUAUAAUAUCUGGGGCAAUUGACAGAGCUCUAUUUUGGAUUGCUGUGGAAGAUGUAUGCAUGUAUAUGUGCAUUGACUGUGAUAAACAUCUAACUGUGAUACAGAAUGAAUACAGCCUCCAAAAUUGCACCUACAAGCUCUAAGUACACCGUACAAGUGGUGACAAAAUACAUGUGUCGCAACUGUGGCCAGCAGUUUGAAUCUACGGAUGAUAUGGAUGCUCACAUUGAAACACACAAUCGGGGAAAUCCACCGCACAGCUGCUUCGUGUGCGGCAAGUCGUAUCGCACGCCCUCCAAGCUGCGGCGUCACGUUCGCGUACACAGCGGUGAGAGACCGUAUGCCUGCAGCCUGUGUGAGCGACGUUUUACGCGUUCCGACCAUGUUAAGCAGCACAUGAAGGUGCAUCAACCCCAACGGCAGCGCAAUCAGUGCCGACUGUGUGGGCUACGCUUCAGCAAACCAGCCACACUCUACACCCACCUUCAAGGCCAUGGUAUCGAAACCUUGCACAUGUGCGAUUUAUGCGGAGAGACAUUUCGGGAGGAGGACCACUUAGCUAGACACAAGAGAGUUCACCACGGCAGUGGUGGAGGUAAUGGUGGAGUCGGUGGUGGUGGUGGUGGUGGUGGUGGUGUUGGCAACAUCAACAGCAACAGCAAUAACAGUAACAACAACAGCCAGGAUACAAUGCACCAGAAUGCUGUCAGUACGACAACACUUGUAAGUGAUGAUAUCGAGCAAGAAUUUAAGAUGGAUCAUAAUACCGACGAGAAUGUAAAUGCUCUUUCCAUUGCCUGUUUUGGUAUGAGUGCAACAGGCAGCAACAGACUAACACCUGUACGCAUCCUUCCAGAUGAAAGCCGGCCAGCCUCCAACGAACAGCCUCCUCAUUGUAUGAUAAGGCUUGACAAUCCAGACAGAUUCCUGGAUCAGAGAAUGUGCGACGAUUAUGAAAACAAUGCACUGAACUUAAGCACGAAGCCAGACGUCAACACCACCCUGUCCUCCUGUUACACCCCCACUGAAUCCACUCCUGUGACAAACCACAACUUAACAUACAUCAAAACAGAGCCAAUCAACAAUGGCGUAGGCAUGUAUAUGACGCCUAACUACUCAGGAGAGGAAAGGAACGACGAUUUGGGUGAACGUGGAGAGGAGAACUCUUCUUUGUCUGAAGAGCGGUUCACCGCAAGCUCUCCACUGAUGCAAACUCCAUACGCACAUACUUUGCAAACGACUACAACAAAUACCACGACUACAAACGGAGGCACGAUUGCCUCUCUUUUGCAACAACACACAGAUUCGAUACCACCAUCCUUUUCACUGCAACGAAAUUCCCCACAUUCUUCUGAGUCUUACCCACAGCCAUUCCCAGGAAAAAGAUACCAUCAUUGUAUGUCUUGUGGUAUCUGGUUCGAAGAUCUGGCUAUGAGUAUGCUUCACAAUAGUUUACAUUAUACAGAUGGUCUCAAUGAAUUCUCCUGUAAGAAAUGCUCGAAAAAACUGAGCAACAGGCUGGAAUUCACAGCACAUUUAGUCUGGCACCUGGAACCUAACACUCAAUGAAGAAGAAAAAUUAACAAGGAAAAAAAUAAAUAAAUAAAAGCACUUAAAAAAAAAAAAAUCUUUUUGAUGGUGGCUAAGGGGAGAUAAUAGUAAAUUUUG